GAAAGUGAGCCUCGUGGGCCGUGGCUAGGACAAAAUCUUUGCUCUUCUCGAAUCGUAGCUUACCGAGUGCGGACGCUACUUACGUGAAUUCCAGUCACAUCUUACUUUUUUAUAUUUAUUAUAAAAAAAAAUAAAUCAAAAUGCCUCCAAAAUUCGACCCCACUGAAGUUAAGAAAGUUUACUUGAGGUGUGUCGGUGGUGAAGUAGGAGCUACUUCUGCCCUUGCCCCUAAAAUUGGUCCACUUGGUUUGUCCCCAAAAAAAAUUGGUGAUGACAUUGCCAAGGCCACCAGUGACUGGAAAGGUUUGAAGAUCACUGUUGAGUUGACGAUUCAAAAUCGUCAAGCAACAAUUGCCGUUGUUCCAUCAGCUGCAUCGCUGAUCAUCAAGGCUCUUAAAGAACCACCACGUGACCGCAAGAAGGUCAAGAACAUCAAACACAGUGGAAACCUUUCAUAUGAUGAAAUUGUUGCCAUUGCCAAACAAAUGAGGCCUAGAUCUAUGGCUCGUGAACUCAGUGGCACUGUCAAGGAAAUCCUUGGUACAUGCCAAUCUGUUGGUUGCACUGUUGACGGAAGACCACCACAUGACUUGAUUGAUGAAAUCAAAAGUGGAGAAAUGGAAGUUGCUGAUGAUUAAAUGAUGUCUUUCAACAUU